CACAACCGGCCACGGAGGAUCGGACCAGGUUAAAAAUGACACGGAUUUUGACUAUGGAAAUCUCGAACACUGAGAUUUGAAGAUUUGCUAUCUCUGUUCAGAUAUUUAAGAAGUGGAGCAAGAGAUUCACGUGAUCAUCCUUCCUGCUGAGACUGUGGGGAGGGAUUCACGCAGACAUCUGACCGACUGACAUGCCCAUCAUUUUACACAGGGGAGAGGCCAUUUACCUGCUCAGACAGUGGGAAUGGAUUCACUCAGUCAUCUCAACUAAAAGUACAUCAGCAAAUUCACACUGGGACAAGGCCAUUCAUCUGUUCUGUGUGUGAGAAGGGAUUCAGUCAGUCAUCCCACGUGUGGAUACAGCAGUCAGUUCACACUGGGCAGUCAUCUGAUGAAUUUGUGAGGAAGGAUUCACUUGGUCAUUUGACCUAAUGGCUCACCAGCGAGUUCACACUGGAGAGCAGCUGUUCACCUGCUCGGACUGUGGGCAGGGAUUCACUAAAUCAUGUAACCUGAAAGUACAUCAGCGAGUUCACACUGGGGAGCGGCCAUUCAUCUGCUCAGACUGUGGGAAGGGAUUCACUCGGUCAUCUAAACUGAAGGUACAUCAGAGAGUCCACACUGAAGAGAGGCCAUUCAUCUGCUCGGACUGUGGGAAGGGAUUCACUUGCUCAGAUAAACUGAAGAUACAUCAGAGAGUUCACACUGGGGAGAGGCCAUUCACCUGCUCAGACUGUGGGAAGGGAUUCACGCAGUCAUCCACCCUAAUGGCUCACCAGCGAGUUCACACUGGGGAGAGACCAUUCACCUGCUCAGACUGUGGGAAGGGAUUCACUUGUUCAUCCCAACUAAAGGUACAUCAGCGAGUUCACACUGGGGAGAGGCCGUUCACCUGCUCAGACUGUGGGAAGGGAUUCACUUUGUCAUCUCACCUACUGAGACACCAGUCAGUUCACACCGGGGAGUGGCCAUUUACCUGCUCAGACUGUGGGAAGGGAUUCAGUUGCUUAUCCCAACUGAAGGUACACCAGUCAGUUCACUCCGGUGAAAUGCCGUUCACCUGCUCAGACUGUGGAAAGGGAUUCACUCGAUUAUCUAAACUGAAGGUACAUCAGAGAGUCCACACUGGGUAGAGGCCAUUCACCUGCUGUGAAUGUGGGAAGCAAUUCACUCAGUCAUAUAUCGUUAUGUAACUUUCACUUCGGCUAGCAGCUUAAUAAAGGGGGUGAUAGCCCUCCAGCCUGGCCAAACUUAAGAAAUCUCUUUUGGGUGGAUGAUGUGUGAUGUGUCCCCUGUUACAAAUCAGUACCCCGAAAUAACAAACAGUACAGAAUAUGUGAUUAAACUAUUGAGCUUUAUAAUUCUUACUUUGACAAUAUGGUUAGUGAAGUAAACAAAAAAAAAAGAAAAAGGGCCCACUCUCUGCAUUCACGUCUUCUCAUCUCUCCCCAGCAAAAGACCACAAAAAUCUCUCUUCCAGACUCACAAGAAUGAACAUUACUGUCAUUGGAUAGCCCCACACUCCAAAUCCCUGUUAUUUCUAGGCAUAACCUAAACAUUGCUGCUACAGAGAAACCAUUACCUCAGCAGUGAAACAUUGCAGAGAGGUCAUUGCAUGAACAGUGAAACAUUACAGCAUGUUACACUUGUGACACACUACCAGGUUCACACUGGGGAGAAAGUUUCAAUGAGCUGCAUGCUGAAUAUUUAUCCAUCUCCAUUGCUGAAGGCAAUUUUGAGAGUGACUGUCAGUCCUGAACUGUGUAAUUAUUGCUGCUGCUCACCACACACUGGUCAUGGGAGGAGUUUCUUCUGCUGCACAUUCACCUUUAAUGGGACUGGAGUUUAAUAUUCUAAAUCUAAUACAAAUAAAUCAGUUCUCUUUUAAACUCUGUCUCCGGUAAUUAGUGAAUUUAUAACACACCUAGUGUACAGUAGAGAGUCAACUCAGGCCAGCUGGACCCUGCUAGUGAUUCAGUUCCAUGACAGUCCUUUUAAAUUCUCCCCUGCUGUUCAUCUCUCGCUCUCCCUGUGGUGAUGGGUUCCAAACAGUGAAGAGGUUUCCUUUCAAUUUUCUGCAGACUGAAGAAGUCGAGCUGACUACAGUUCUGUCUGAGGUGUUCUUCACCCCUCUAAUCUCUGGGCUGAGGAAGAAUGACAUGGUAGUGAAACUCCUUAAUCACGACUCAUUUCCACAUUAUGAGUCAUUUUCCCUGCUUCUAAAGGGUUGUUAGAAAACACUCCUGUCCUCUAAAGAUUGAAAGCAGAAUGGGAAACCAUUAGUUGGAUUUUCAAUGAAACAGGGUAAGAAACCAAAGGCAGAGUUUGGGGCUCUGGAGAAUGGUCGGGGUAGGAACGUAUCAUGAGAAGAAGGGAAUCAGCAGUGGGGUAUGGCAACGAAUGACAGAGUAGCAACAUUUGGAAGCAGAUUGACAGAGAAAAUCUUUCGGUUGUCUGACUGAUGACAAACAAUACCUGUGGUGAGGUGCUCCACUGGUCGAGGAACAUGUGUGUGUUGGGAAUGGUUUUAUCUAUUGAGAGAGUUUUCCUGCUUGUUUAUCCUGUAAUAUUAUAUCCAGAUGGUUAUUAUGAAUUGUCCUAUCUGAAAUAAUGUAUUGGUUAUCAUAUAAUUUGUAAGAUUUUGACUCUAAAACUGGAUCAGGCUUGAAUAUAUGGUGCCUUUAUGAAGUGAUGGAGGGCAUUCAUGAGUUUGCAUUUUAAAGCAAAAUUUUGGUGAAUGAUAUUUGCCACUUGAUUGUACCUUUGUAAGUAAUCAGAGUAGGAUGGAUAAGUCCUCGGUGCCUGACGGAGUAUUCCCCAGGCUGCUCCACGAGGCGAGAGAAGAGAUUGCUGAGCCUCUGGCUAGGAUCUUUAUGUCCUCAUUGUCCAUGGGAAUGGUACCAGAGGAUUGGAGGGAGGCGAAUGUUGUCUCCUUGUUCAAAAAAGGUAGUAAGGAUAGUCCAGGUAAUUAUAGACCAGGGAGCCUUAUGUCUGUGGUAGGAAAGCUGUUGGAAAAAAUUCUUAGAGAUAGAAUCUAUGGGCAUUUAGAGAGUCAUGAUCUGA